AUUCGGUGCCACAUGACACUAAUUCCACAUGGGAUUAGAAGUACGGAUAACUCUUCCACCAAACACACAGACAAGGUCACAUGAAGUAAACAAAGCUGCAAGAACGGUUAAGACAACCAUCAAUGGGCAGUGUCUGUGUCUCUGCAUUGAAGUGGGGGUGUUUGAUUUAGGUGGUUAAGCGGUUGAAAAGAAGAAAAAUGAGGGAACUUCAAAGCCCUUCUUUUGAUAUCAUCGCCCAAGCUUUGUUUCCCUCCCUUCAAGACAGUAAGUGGCGGAGAAUCCAACCCAACAAACUACAACAAAAGCAGAAACAAACGUGCACUGACAACCCAAAGCUCUCUCUUACUUUCUUUAUAUCUGUCAAAUCCGUCCUGUUUUAGAAAGAAGCAAGACAGGCAGAGAGAGAGAUGGCAGGCAUGGCUGCUGCUUGUUCCUCUGGUGUGAUGUUCAGAGCUAGAGAAUCGGGAAGUAGUAGGGCUUCUCUGUUUCAAUACAGAGGGCUUAGGCCAGGGGAAAACAGCAUGCACAUGGCUUCAGCUAGGCCUAGGUUGGGUUGGUUCAUUUCUUCUCCAGCUCCAAAAUGCAGAAAAAUCAAGGCCAUGGCUUCAACAGUUUCAGCUCCCAAACGAGAAAAAGAUCCUAAAAAACGAGUUGUCAUAACCGGAAUGGGCCUUGUGUCAGUUUUUGGCAGUGACAUUGAUACAUUCUAUAACAAACUUCUUGAGGGACAGAGUGGAAUUAGCCUAAUUGACAGGUUUGAUGCUUCAAAAUUCUCCGUCCAGUUUGCAGGUCAGAUUCGCGAUUUUUCUUCCCAAGGCUACAUUGAUGGGAAGAAUGAUCGCCGGCUAGAUGAUGCCUGGCGUUACUGUUUAGUUGGUGGCAAGAGGGCCCUUGAAGAUGCCAACCUUGGAACUGAGGUUCUUGACAAAAUGGACAGAACAAAGGUUGGAGUUCUAGUGGGAUCAGGCAUGGGAGGCAUAACAGCUUUCAGCGCUGGAGUGGAAGCUCUGGUCCAAAAGGGAUAUAAGAAGAUCACACCAUUUUUCAUUCCUUAUUCCAUCACCAACAUGGGGUCAGCAUUGUUGGCUAUAGACACUGGUUUAAUGGGACCUAAUUACUCCAUUUCAACUGCUUGUGCAACUGCAAAUUACUGCUUCUUUUCAGCUGCAAAUCUCAUCAGAAGAGGUGAGGCAGAUAUCAUGGUAGCUGGUGGGACUGAGGCUGCAAUCACGGCUACCGGGGUUGCCGGGUUUAUAGCUUGCCGGGCUUUGUCUCAGAGAAAUGAUGAACCCCAUAAAGCUUCCAGGCCCUGGGAUAGAAAUCGUGAUGGUUUUGUUAUGGGAGAAGGCUCUGGUGUGCUGAUUAUGGAGAGCUUGGAGAGCGCAAUGAGAAGAGGAGCUAAUAUAAUUGCGGAGUAUUUGGGAGGUGCUAUAACAUGUGAUGCUCAUCACAUGACUGAUCCUAGGUCAGAUGGCCUUGGAGUUUCAUCUUGCAUAACGAAGAGUUUAAAUGAUGCUGGAGUUUCCCCUGAAGAGGUGAAUUAUGUGAAUGCUCAUGCAACAUCUACACUAGCAGGGGAUAUGGCUGAGUUUAAUGCGAUCAAGAAGGUCUUUAAGGACACAUCAGAGUUAAAGAUGAAUGCGACCAAGUCAAUGAUUGGACAUGGCCUUGGGGCUGCUGGUGGAUUGGAGGCCAUAGCAUCAAUAAAAGCAAUCAGCACUGGUUGGCUGCAUCCCACAAUUAACCAAGAUAACCUGGAGUCUGAUGUUUCAAUUGACACUGUCCCAAACGUGAAGAAAAAGCAUGAAGUUAAUGUUGCAAUCUCUAACUCAUUUGGCUUUGGCGGGCACAAUUCAGUAGUCGUCUUUGCGCCCUUCACACCCUAAAUAAAAGUCAGCCCUAUUUUCCCUUUCUAUUAUACUAGAAUCACCCAUUUUUAGAUGUUAAAGUUGUCAAAAGCAUAAAGGAGGUUAUGGAUUCGAAUCAAGCAAUCUGUAAUGAGUCCUGAAGGCAAUGUUGCCCUUCAACGAUGUCCAUGUAUCUCAUCAUUGUUUUGAUGAAUCAGAAUUAGUCAUUUUUUCAGCAAAUAAAAGGUUGAUGCCAUUUUUCC